AUGAGAAGAUUGUCUCAUGGGCACUUUCUAAAGUUAUCCGUUCGCUUUUUUUUCACCCUCAGGCGCUUUGAGGAUAUUACAUUGUGCAGAUUUCCCCAGGGAUCUUGUCGCUAUACUCAUACGCAGUCUACGGGACAACUGACGGAUGAAGAAGAAGAAGAACUGGUGCGCUAUCUUGUCCAGGAUGCUUUUUAUCCAUCUAAUGCAGCUGGCAAGUGCUCAGGUUCUCAGUCUCAGCCAAUGGUCAUGUGCCAGAAGGACAUCAGCUCUGCGGACCCGACUUUAAGUGUGAAUGGGAAUAGGAACGAACUCAAGGCCACUGCCACUGACGGAUGCUCUCCAUCACCAGAUGCAUUGAGUGCUGAGGAAACAGAUUCACGUGCUAUGAAUAAACCCUAUGAGAAGUUUGCGCGUGUACGCCUGAGCUCGCAUGCCUACACUGUCGAAGAACUGAGUAAGAUUAACAACCGAGAAGCAAACAUUGAGUGGAUGUGCAUGCAUUGUCAAACGUACAAUUUUAUGGGACGCAGGUCGUGCCGACACUGUGGGGUAUCUGAGUUAAGCUCGCAUCGCGAGCGCCAUCCUCCCACACGGUACGUUGUUUCCUUCCCGACAAGUUGGAUUUGUGAGGGAUGUGGUCAUCAAAACAAUGCUUCCGAUGCGAACGGCAGCAGUUCUACUCGUGCUUCCGUUUCACCCAUUGAUGCGCUGUCAAGAUCUACGGUGAAGAAACACAGAACCAAGUUCUUCUGUGCCCAGUGCUCGAAACCUUUUGGCGGCGUUCGAGAGUGGUAUUGCCCAUACUGUGCUCACAUUAAUUCGAAAGCCUCAACGCAGUGCUCUACAUGUUUGGCGGAGCGCCCGGUACUAUGGAAAUGUGGUGAGUGUGAAUACGCCUUUAACAGUAUCUUUUCAACAGUUUGUUUCAACUGCAAGCAGCGCCGCCUUAUGAAGGCGUCCAAUUCUACGGUGGCUUGCUUAAGUUGCGGAAUCCGAAAUGACUGUCGAUGGGAACUUUGUGAGGCCUGCAUGUCACCGCUUCCGGCAAUGAUCGAGACGGUGGAAAAAAAAGACUUCGAUCAACAGGCAGCUCGAGUCACCAGGGGUACGACUCCGCGAAACAUGGGUCCAGUCGCUGCGUCAGUGCAACGACGCGCUUCGGAGGCUCAAGCAGGGAAGAUCAAAAAUCCCUUGCAAGAAAGUAACACGACAGACCCCCCCCCAUCGGCAUCUGUCGCCACUUCUCAUCGACCCCCGCCAACAUCGGCAGAAACGAGCGGCGCGUGGUGGUGUACCCAGUGUAACAUCAUUCAACGUCGCAAUGCGGUCUUUUGCGAUGUGUGCUUGCGACCACGGCAUCUAGCCGAGGAGAUUACGGCUCCCUCUGAUGUGAAGAAUGGUCACACCAGUGAACGCGAGGGGUGCGACAAAGGAAAUCAUUCAACACGUGACUCACUCAAACUCCCCCCGAUGGGAUCAUGGCAAUGCCCAUACUGCAGGCAGUUCAGGGACGCCAAAGAGUUGAGGUGUUGUGGAAAAAUUCGUGAGAUCCGAAAGGACUAUUGGCUCUGCAAGAUGUGUUCUAGUGUCAAUCGGAAGGAUCGUGAGGUCUGCAUCGGUUGUAGUAUGCCACCUGCGUUGGCGGAGGAGCACUGGGCCUGUGUGGUAUGCGAGUUCGAAAACACCAAAGACUCCCUCCUUUGUGAGCGUUGUGGGGCGGCGCACGCGUCGCUCUGGCGGUGCAUCUCCUGUCGGCUUGCGGUGCCGCAGUCUCAGGGGAUCUGCCCAACCUGCAGGGCCGCGAAGCCCGACGUCCCUGCACCGAUCGUCUGCCUGGUUUGUCAGGCCCCUAACGCACCAGCGCGCAUGGCCUGUUUUCGCUGCCGCGCCCGCUUACGACUCUCUUGGCAAUGCACCCGUUGUCAGGCGACUCAUGCGGAUCGAACGCUGCUGCGCUGCCCCACUUGCCUCGCCCCACAUCUCUACAACGAGGCGGAGGAAACGUGGGUGUGUGAGCUCUGCGCCUCCGCCAUCGCCUCCGGCGGCGACCUCCCUGUACGGCAGCAAUGCCCUAAGUGUCGUGCGGACCGUCUUCCUGAGUGUCUGUCGUUUCCAAGUCGUUGGCGUUGCAAGCGGUGCGAAAUCUUCAACCGGACGGCGAACCCCCAGUGCGUGGAGUGUGGCUCGGCGCGCUGUAUGCCGGAGACCUUUCACCUAACCGUAACCUGCCCCCAGUGCUUCGGACAAACGGAGGCCAACACCAAGGAGACAUGCACGAACUGCGGCUGUAGCCUGUCCGAGAUGCUUACUCUGGCGGCUUCAGAUGUGCAUGUGAGUCCUGCUUUGAUCCAAUCCAGUUUCUCCAGUACAAAUCCACACGCAUCUCCUGAUCAUCAUCAAAUGCCCGAGUUGAGUGUCGACGCCGCACCGCCGCCCUGCGAGCACGUCACCUUCCCAAAGACACCAAACCAGGCAAAUUCGGAUGACGAAAUAAGUUUAGAAGACGAGGUGUCUGCUUACACAUCAGAGCAUCCGUAG